GCUCCACCAAGGGGGCGGGGCUCUAUCCGGGGGGGGGAGCGGGCCAUGACGUCAUUGUGUUGUGGAGCGGAGGAGCGGAGCUUCAGGAAUGGAGCCUAAGCUGAUAUUUGAGAAGGAAGGGGUUUACCUCCACACCAACGUCAAGAAAAACAAUCAGGACACCUCCCUACCUGGUUUCAUCCGUAUUGUUGAGCGGGGGGGCGAGCCCUCGCUGGAGUGGAGCCCGCUCGAGGAUGCGGGGCGCAGCACACCGGCGGUUUUCUACACCAAGAAGGACGGAGAGGGAGGGGAGGAGGACACCAACUUCGACCCGGGCUACGAGCCGGACUGGGCCGUGAUCAGCAACGUGAAGAGGGCCAGGGAGCCAGUCCCGGUCAGGAACACAGGCGAGUGGUCCUUCUCCCUGCCGCUGUCGGAGCUCUACUCCCUGAGGAGGGCCCGCUUCUCCCUGGGCCGUAACUACCUGGUGAUGACGAGCCGAGGGGGCCACCCGCUGCCGCCGCUUCACUUCCACCGAGGGGGGACCCGGGGCCUUCUGCGGGCCCUGCAGCGCUACAUCGUCCUGGCCCCAUCCCCCAUGGACGGGCGGCUCUUCCUGGCCUACCCCCACGACUCAGGGGCGCUGUCCCAGUCCUUCGAUGAGCUCAACCUGAUGGACGACGGCAGCUCGGACCUCGUCUCGGUACAGCAGCUCCUCCGUCCGUUUGAGGCCAGUUUAAGGGGAACGCAGAGAUUCAUGCAGGACCCGUACGCCACGACCUUCGGGGGCUUCUCCAAGGUCACCAACUUCUUCCGGGGGGCCCUCCGUCCGCCGGACUCCCCCCUCCACACCAUGGGGGCCGCUGGGGCCAACGGGCACACGUCCAUGGAGGAGGAGCCAGGAUUCGAACUCAUCACCUGUGGGGCGGAGCUUGGGCCAAGGCCAGAAGUACUCAGAGGAAACCCGCUGGACAAGUGGGAUGAGUUUCUGGAUCCGGAGGGGCGUGUCCAGAACCCGGAGAAGAUCAAAGAGAUCGUGUUCCGAGGGGGAAUCAUUCCAUCGCUCAGGAAAGAGGCCUGGAAGUUCCUGCUGGGCUUCUACCCCUGGAACAGCACCACCAAGGAGCGGGAAGACAUCCUCAGGACCAAGACGGAUGAGUACUUCAGGAUGAAGGUUCAGUGGAAGUCUGUCAGUGAAGGGCAAGAGAUGAGGAACUCCCUCCUCAAAGGAUACAGAAACCUGAUUGAGCGGGACGUAAACAGAACCGACAGACACAACACGUUCUUCUCCGGGAACGACAACCCUGGGCUCACCCUGCUCCACGACGUGCUGAUGACCUACUGCAUGUACAACUUUGACCUGGGCUACGUCCAGGGGAUGAGCGACCUGCUGGCCCCCCUGCUGUUCGUCACCCAGAACGAGGUGGAGUCCUUCUGGUGUCUGACCGGCUUCAUGGAGCUCGUGCACCACAACUUUGAGGAGUCGCAGGAGGCCAUGAAGCAGCAGCUGCUGCAGCUCAGCCUGCUGCUGAAGGCCCUGGACCCCGAGCUGUGUGACUACCUGGACUCCCAGGACAGUGGCUCCCUGUGCUUCUGUUUCCGAUGGCUCCUCAUCUGGUUCAAGAGGGAGUUCUCCUUCGAGGACAUCCUCCACCUGUGGGAGGUUAUGUGGACCCGCCUCCCCUGUGACAACUUCCACCUCCUAUUGGCCUGUUCCAUCCUGGAGUCCCAGAAAGGAGAGCUGAUUGGCUCACAGCACGAUUUCAAUACCAUUCUCAAGCACAUCAAUGAGCUGACGAUGAAGCUGGACCUUAACACGGUGAUCUGUGGAGCUGAGGCCAUCUAUCUCCAGCUGGCCAUGUGCAAGGAGCUGCCCCUGAAGGUGAAGGAGGUGAUGGGUCUCUACGCCGCCUCCAGCUCCGAGGAGGAGAGCCCAGAGGCGGAGUCCCGCGAGGUCCAGACCCGCCAGACCCAGUCCCUGUCCUCCCAGCCCCAGCCCCCGCCCGGACCCCCAACCCCCCAGCCCCGGUCCACCGCCCCCCCGCGCCCUGCCCCCCCACGGCCCGCCCCCGCCCGGCCUGAGCCCACCUACCCCUAAACACCGAGCCCUGUCGCGUCACCGUGUGGGCCAGAGAUAUAUAUAUAUAUAUUGGUACUGAUCUAUAAAGAGAUAUAUGAGAACAGAUAUAAAGAACGUCGACGGAGACUGACCCCACCGAGCCGGACGGGGUGGUGUGAGCGUUGGCGUGUGUUGAAGACCGCCGGCCGGUGGCGGUGGCGGGGGAUUGGCGUGUCAGAGCGUCCAGGAAGUGACACGUUGUGUACACCUCACACCUGUGUCAGCCGCGGGAUUUCUUUUUUCGUUUGUUUUAUCUCGUGUGUCGUUUACGUUUUUUUCCGCAUUCGCUGUCUGUGACUCUGACCUGUAACCGUGUUUAGGCUUCCCCCUCUCACGCUCGGCCGGAACGUUUGGUCAAAUCUCUCCCUUGUUUUAAAUCAUGUGAGCUGCUCUUGUAAAUACAACCUUCUCCCCCUUCGUGGUCCGUCCUCGUGUGAAACCCUGGUUUAGUGUUUUCUCUCUCUCUCUCUCUCUCUCUCUCUCUCUCUCUCUCUCUCUCUCUCUCUCUCUCUCUCUCUCUCUCCCCCCCCCCCCUCCCUUUGAUGCUCGCCCCCCCCAAGGUGAAGAUGAAGGAUUACCUGGUCGUCGGCUAGGACUGUAAAAGGCCAUUUCAGCCCCUAUGCAACUUUUGCAUGCUUUCUACAUUUUAAACGGCAAGUGUGAAUGUUUUUAGGCCUCUAAUCAUUGAUAUGCCAUGUUUUCACUACGAUCGCAAAGUUGACGAACAAAAUAAACGGCCGCAACCUAACAUGAGUGGCAAAAUCAAAAGGGA